GGAAGUGAGGGGGCGGAGCCCGGGCGGGCGCGCGCCUGCGCGGAGGCCGGCUGCUGGAUCCCGCUCGGGGCUGCGGCUUCAGCGCGCGCUCACGUUACUGAAAGACAGGAAGCCAUCUUGUGCCAGCAGCAGCCCCACACAUCUGUUCACUGCAUCUCUUGAGUGUGUCGAGCACCUGGCGUGACUGACCUAUGCCAUCAGGUCUGGGGAAGCACUCUGUCUACACGAUAACCAAUCAAAAGCAAGAUGAGCUUCCUUUAUGGACUGCAGUUUGCCAGGAGAAACUGUUUUCUCUCUGGAGUGAAUUCACUGGCCAACAGAAGACAGUGGAACCCACCCACAGGCUGUGCACAAGCACGAAGGCCCCAGGCAAUAAAUGCGAGUCUGAGGCUCAACACAGGCUGUCAGUGUCAUUCAGGAACUUCACUGCCUGGAAACUUUCAUUUCUGUAGGACUCUCAGUGGCAAAAACUCAGGAUGCCUCUCAAGUGCCCAAAGCAAGGUGCGGGUGGUUACCUACAGACGUACUGUGUGGGCUGAUUGUUUUUCAAGACAAGGAUCGAGGACAGUGGCUGCUAUUCCUGCACUUGCAGCCUCGUGCACUCUGAGCUGCCUUGCCAUAAGAGCUGCCCGGAGUUUCCACACAUCUCCACGGGUUCAGGCUGCCCCAGUCCCUCUCUUGCUGCUCAUUUUGAAACCAGUGCAGAAGCUCCUUGCCAUCAUUGUAGGCAGGGGCAUACGGAAAUGGUGGCAAGCACUUCCUCCCAACAAGAAGUUGCUAUUUAAAGACAGUGUGAAGAAGAACAAAUGGAAGUUGCUCCUUGGUCUGACUGCAUUUGGACUUGUGUUUGUGGUGUUUUAUUUCACUCACCUGGAAGUGAGCCCUGUCACCGGAAGAAGCAAACUGCUGUUACUGGGGAAAGAACACUUCAAACUUCUGUCAGACCUGGAAUAUGAAGUAUGGAUGGAAAAGUUUAAAGGUGAUCUUCUGCCUGAGAGAGACCCCCGAUACCUGACUGUGAAAGAAGUGGUGUAUCACCUAACACAGUGCAACCAAGAUGUCCCAGGGGUCGCUGACAUCAACUGGGCCAUUCAUGUGGUUGAUUCCCGAGACGUAAAUGCCUUUGUGCUUCCAAAUGGACAAGUGUUUGUCUUCACGGGGCUUUUGGACAGCGUAACUGAUGCGCACCAGCUUUCCUUCCUUCUGGGCCAUGAGAUCGCACAUGCGGUGCUGGGGCACGCGGCAGAAAAGGCUAGCUUGGUUCACUUACUGGAUUUCCUUGGUAUGAUUUUUCUCACAAUGAUUUGGGCUGUUUGUCCACGAGAUAGCUUGGCAGUUCUGGGCCAGUGGAUACAGUCAAAGUUGCAGGAGUAUAUGUUUGAUAGACCAUACAGUAGAACAUUGGAGGCUGAAGCUGACAAAAUUGGACUACAGCUUGCUGCAAAGGCAUGUGUGGACGUAAGAGCCAGCUCAGUAUUUUGGCAGCAGAUGGAGUUUUCAGAGAGUCUUCAUGGCUACCCCAAGUUGCCAGAGUGGCUGUCGACACACCCUUCUCAUGGGAACCGAGCUGAGUACUUGGACAGACUCAUACCACAGACCGUGUGGGACACUACAUUGUAUGCUUCUUCAUAGGCUCUCAAACUUCGGGAGCUCUGUAACUGCCCACCACUCUCCGGACCAGACCCGCGGUUACUCUUCAAACUCACUGUGAAGCGUUUUCUUGAAGACUCGGAGAAAGAGGACUUAAACAUCACCGUCAAGAAGCAGAAGGCAGACGCUCUCCCCAUUCAGAAGCAGGAGCAGGUCCCACUGACAUACAUAGUUGAAAAAAGAACUGCAGGUUGAACUGAAAUGUAUGAAACUUGGGGUAUAUGAAGAGUACGGUGACCCUCAUCAUUUUUAUGCAACUCCUAAAAAUGAUGUUUUAAAUAAAAAAUGGAUAUUAAGAUCAAGUCAUACAUAUUAUAGCUGUUAUCUGAAUUUUUCUAGAUUUUUAUCUUUCAUGAAAUAUUGAUGUAUUUUAAAAUACUGCCAAUGAGGAAAACGUCAGAGAAUAAAUUUAUAUUAUUAAUUUCA